AUGUCACUUAAUACGGAUCUAGUAUCUUCUCUCACUUAUGCCACGAUGCAGAUCAAUCGUCAUGGAGCUACAUUAAUGCUUCUAUUUGGUACGGUGGGUAAUCUUCUCAACAUUUGUAUACUAACCGAACGUUCUCUCCACGAAAAUCCAUGUUCAAUCUAUCUUUCCUGGUCAUCGAUGUUUAGUUUGGCGUUUAUUUGGUCAGGAUUCUUAACACGAGUCUUACAAGGUUACAGCGUUAAUUGGCCAAACGAAAAUCAACCUAUGUGUAAAAUUCGUCAGUAUCUUCUCAAUGUUACUUGGGCGAUGGGUACUUGGUGUCUUGUUGGAGCAAAUAUUGAUCGAUUCUUGUGUAGUCAUCAUUCAGUUACUUAUCGCCGAUUGAGUGCACGUCAAACGGCAAGACGUUUUUUGGUUGGAAUUCUCAUUUUCUUUGCACUUCUAUUUAUCGAAGUUGUCUAUUGUUUUGAAGCAAGUGUUCCUAAUGUUCCAGUCGCCUGCUAUGGUCGCAAUAUUCCUUGCCGACUCUUUAAUGAUUGGGCAGCUUUAUCAUUCGAUAUCGUUUUGCCUAGCAUUUGUUUAGCCAUUUUUGGUUCAUUAACUAUUCGUAAUGUCCGAUCAAGAGUUGUUUAUCCAGCAGUGAAUUCAAACAGUACAAAUAGCGAUAGACUACCAAUGCGAAAUAAUGAUCGCAAUCUCACUCGAAUGUUAUUAGUUCAGGUAAAUAUCACGGUUUUUUUUCAAUCUUUAUUUACAAUCGUUUUGUAA